CCUCGUCCGGGAUUCGUAUUUUUCAGUCCGAACGCCUAACGUACGGUCUAGGGUUUUAGCGGCAGCGGCAACGUUCGACAAGCAGUCGAGCAAGGCAUAAGAGGCGUCGGCGGCGGAAACCCUCCUACUUCUUCGUCCUUCUCGUCCACCAAUCAAUGGCCGCCGCUACAACUCCAUCUUCUUCUUCGUCUUCUUCUCGGAUGAUCAGCCGGGAGACGGUGGGGAAGGCGGUGGAUGCCCUCCUCAAGUGGAUGCAGGCGCGGGCGGAGCAGCAGCAGAAGGCCCAGCUCCUCGACCCGGACGACGACCUCAUCUACAUCGUCCUCACCCUCAAGCGCAUCCCCCCCAAGUCCCGCAUCAACCCCUACCGCAUCCCCCUCCCCCACCCCCUCUACGAAUCCGCCGCCACCUCCGCCUGCCUCAUCCUCGACGACCGCGACCGCCCCGCCAGCCGCCGUUCCUCCUCCUCCCUCACCGCCGCCGCCGCCCUCGACCGCGCCCGCUCCCUCUCCCUCCCCCUCGCCGACGCCAUCCCCCUCUCCGCCCUCGCCUCCGACUACCGCCCCUUCGAGGCUCGCCGCCGCCUCUGCGACUCCCACGACCUCUUCUUCGCCGACCGCGCCGUCCUCCCCCUCCUCCCCCGCCUCCUCGGCAAGCACUUCUUCAAGAGUAAGAAGCUCCCCCUCCCCCUCGACCUCUCCCGCCCCGGCUGGCCCGAGAAUCUCCGCGCCUGCCUCCGAUCCACUCUCCUCCACCUGCGCACCGGAUCCUGCAGCGGCCUCAAGGUCGGCCGCCUCUCCAUGGCCUGCGACCCGAUCGCUGAGAACAUCAUGGCCGCCAUCGAGGGGGCCAUGGCGCAUGUCCCCAAGAAGUGGGCCAACGUGCGCUCGAUCCAUGUCAAGGCAGUCAACUCCGUCGCCCUCACCAUCUACCAGGCGAUGCCCGAGCUGGGCCUGAAGAUCGAGGUGCCGGUGCCUUGUGUGCCCCAGAAGAAGGAUGAGAUGGAGCAAGAUGUUGAAGAGCCCAUCAGAGAAGCAGAGGUUGUUCGGAAAGAAGAGAAGUCAAAGAAGCAAGAUGCUGAAGAGUCCAUCAGAGAAGGAGAAGUUGUUCAGGAAGAAGAGAAGCCAAAGAUGAAGAAGAGGAGGAGGGAGGAGAUGCCAAAGAAGGGAAGGAGGAUUCAUGAAGUGCAGCACACGGAUACAACCAAUGAUUUUGAUCUUCGGUCUGAAGAAUUUUUAAUUGGCGAGAGUGUGGAUGAGGGCAUCAUGGAAGAAGAGGGAGGGGAAGCAAGGAUGGAGGAGAGGAUGAAUGAGAAGAAGAAAAAGAAUAAGACAAAGCAGGGUGUGGAGGUGAGUGUCCGAAAAGAGAAGAAGAAAAAGAAAAGAGAAGAUGGUAUUCAGAAUGACAAGGAGGCAGAUAGUGACAGGAAGGAAACUGAUGAAUCAAUGGUGGCUCUGGCAAAGAAGAAGGAGCUGAAGAACGAUGGAAAGAUGAAGAAGGAAAAGGACAAGAAAGGCAGGAAACAUAGUAGUGUUGAUGAUGAAGUAACAGAUGAAAGUUAUGAUGUUGUUAAAGAUGGUGAUGUUGAUAUUGGUUCUGGAGACAAUGAUGAGGAGAAAGUGGGUGUAGGAAAGAAGAUGAAGAAUGCAAAGAAAGAUGCUAAUGUGAAAAAGGGGAAGGGUAAGAGAAGCAAGAGCGACGGCAACGAAGACGAUGAUCGUAAUCGAAAGGAUGAUGGUGCAAAAGAAAGUAAAAACAAAAUGGCUGGAGAGAAGAAGGUGUUGAAAAAGACUGAGAGAAUGAAAAGGCAAAAGAGAAAAUGUUUGGAAUGACAAAGAAGAAGAGCAAGAUAAGUAGAUUGGAAGAUAAGGAGGUGAAGAAGAUCGAGAGGAGUAAGGUGAGGCAUGACGCCAUUUGAUUGAUUUUCAAACAAGCUAGAGCUUGAUUUUCAUUUGAGUUCAAUUGGUGAUCUUGGACUUUUUGCUGAUUAAGACUGGCUGUAUUUCAUGGCCUCUUGUUUAGGUUUUGGUCUAUCCUAUCCAAUUUAGAUAGUUAAACUUUAGUUGCAGAUAAUUAUUAUUAUUGUUAUUUUCCUCAUGAAGAACGAAGCCCUUUGUUACUUUUGCUCUACCCUUUAUCUUAUAUGGUUGGUGUGAGUUAAAAUUAUGAAAGCAGUUGGAGAUGCUAUUGAUGCUUUUUUGAUGAGUGGUAGUAGGCAUUAAUUAUGUAAUGUCCUUAAUCACUUUUCCAAUGUUAUUGGAGAGUGGGUUACUCAUA